GUUUUUUAAGAACUUUAUUUAAACUUUUGAAUAUGAUUCUGAAUGUUGUUGUUGUGUGAUCACACGUACGAGUUAUCAACAUGUAAUCGAAAACAAAUGGUCCAGUAUAAUGAACGCCUCCUAACGGUCAGCCGCGAAGAGUCCGUGGUGGACGGACCCAGCGGCGCUGGCGAGCAGCUCUCACGGGACCGUUCUCUUUUCUUUUUUUGGAAGUGAGACUAAUAAAACCACUGGAAUCAGCGGUUUGUGAAAGAGGAUGAAUUUAUCCUCACGCGUUGCCAAAGUUCAGCGAAGGGGUCCUGGGGUGGGGGCAGGAUGAAUGUGAGGUCAUUACCAUUAGUGUCCAUGUGUUAUCUGCACCGUGCAGGAAGUGAUGCUCGACGGGUUGAACGUGAUGAACCACGCUCCACAGAACACCCAGGAGGAGAUCCAACUUCUCACAUGUGGACAAGAUGUGAGGGGAAAGAAGAGGGCUCGCGUCUGUUAACCUGCGUCUGCUCGAGUCGCCCUGGACCGCCCGAGUUCCCCGGCCGGACCUGGACGUCGCGGGUGCACCUUUGCGCAGAGCCCGGGUGGACGCCGAGCGGCUCCGCCGGGUGCACAAAGGCAGCGGCUCGCAGAGGAACUUGUUCAGAGUGAACCGGGGACGCUGCGAGGCGAGAUAAACAACCCUCCGGACCCGAGGCAUCCGCGGCCGCGCUGCUCCGGCCCCGUCGAGCACACGGAUCCCCGCCGCCCGCACGACGAGCACAAGGUAAGGACUCGUUUUCGAGGCGUUCCGGCGAGACCGGAGGGCUGCGGAGCGGGCUGAGCCACCUCCGCGUCGGCUUGCCGAGCGUGGUUGUUUUUGCAGAAAAUGGCGUCAUCGCCCUCUUGUUUCUGCUUGGCCGCGGCGGGGAGAGGACCGGUUUCAGGGACGUGUGGCGGCCGCGGCGCGGGGCGUUAUGUGUCCACAAAGACGGGGUCGCCUGCCGCGAGGUGUGCUAUUCGACUGCGAAUCGACAAAUACGAGACGGUUCGCGAUUUCGCCCGGUGGAAGGACGCGCAAAGAUGGAAGGGUCGCCGGUCCUGUGCGCCAAGCUGCUUCUUGGAAGAGGUGGCACGGAGCCGCAAAACGCAAGCGUUUUACGUUCGCUCCAGUGCCAUCUUCUGCGGCUUCGUGCCCGUCCAACUGGCCGCGGGCGGGUCCGUGUUCCGACCGGGGGGGUGAUGGACGGAUCUGUGCGAGUGCUGCACCUUGUCUUUGUGUGGGUUUUAUUCGGGUUAGCUCGUUUUUACGCCGCACUCCGCUUCCAUGCUGCAAUCGUUACGAGGGGCCUCUCUUUGACGGCUCGGAAGGUGCAUUUCAUCCCCGACUCGUCCUUUGAUCAACUUAAGCUGCGCCUUUGUUGCUCAAAAUAGUGGCGUUUCGGGGCUGACAAUAUAACCGUGUAAAAGGAGAUUUUGGGGGAUAAUGGGGGCGAUGCAAAUCGUGCCAUGAGAACGGCGAGCUGCCCUGCGCCCUGGCUCGCCGCUCGCCAGACGAGGACAGGCUGAAUGAGGUCACAGGCGUGUGCUGGUAGUGAACGUGCGGCGCAGCAAGCCAGUCCUGGCAGGAUGGUAAAGGCCCAUAAGUCAAGUGGGAGGAAGAGCUCUCACGCUCUCCGCAGACAGAGUGGUGGUCAGACAGAGAUGGAGGAAGCCCAGCCCCUGUCAGACGCCCAGCAGCCACCACAGGAGCAGCCCCAUGGAGAAGACCAGUCCUCUGAACGAGCCGAACUCGGGACCUCCGCUUCAGCUGAGGCUCUGUCUGAGAACUGGGACCAGGAGAAAGACGACUCUGCUGCGCAGGCCAGGCCCAUGUGGAAACCCAUUCCCCCUCUGCUGCCUGACCCCGAGCACCACGGGAGCACUUCCACCGGGACCAAGGACCAGAGCUGCCAGACGGAGGAGCAUCUUCAGCAGACCAGUGCCGGCAGCCAUGGUCAUAACACAGGUGUCUGUGCUGAGCCCGGAGAUCCUCCUCUGCUCCAACAGCCUCUGCAGACCUCCAAGUCUGGGAUUCAGCAGAUAAUUGAGUGCUUCCGUUCAGGCACCAGCCAGUUGAGACACAUGCUGCUGAGGGAGGUGGACACCAUCUUCGAGUGUAAACUGUGCCGCAGUCUGUUCAGGGGCCUGCCCAACCUCAUCACGCAUAAAGAGUACUACUGCCUAUCACGGCUGCCUGAGACCGACGGUGACGACAGACAGAGCGUGGCCAUGAAGGAUUUAUUGGACACCAUAUAUCCCAGAGCCGACCGACCAGACUACGUGGUCCGACUUGAGCCAAUUCAGACCACUACCAAGGCUGUGUUCCAGCACAUCACCACGGAGGAGGAGCUGGCUAGGUAUCCAUCACAAACACCCAGUGCCAGAGAGAGCCCAGUAGCAUGGGAGGGAGAACCAGCGGAGGGUGGGGACAACAGCCAGGCGAGCCAGCGAGGUGGACCAGAGAGCAACAGCAGCCCGGCACCCAAGAGAUGGGAGGCGGAGGAAGAAGCUAAAGAAGAUAAGCCACCGCCUGAAGACGAGGGAUCCACCAGCGGGGUAGGUGACCAGGUCGAGGAUGUGACAAUCUCCUGUUGUCUGUGCGGUCAGGACUUCAACUCGCGCCGCAGCAUCAGGCGCCACUGCCGCAAAAUGCACCAGACCAAACUGGAGGAGCUCCGCAAGUUCACCGAGACGCGUACAGUUCCCACAAGCCUGCUCUCGAUGGUGAAAGGUCGGCCGAGGACUCUCAGCACGCCGACCGGAAAGUCCUGCCCCGUGUGCCUCAAAACCUUUGCUACCAAAGCCAACGUGCGCCGUCACUUUGACGAGGUGCACCGCGGCCUGCGCAGGGACAACACGCCCAGCACCACCACGUGGCCGGGCGGCCAGCCCCUCGCCUUGGAGGCCACGCCUCCCAGGAAGAGCAACAAUUCCUCCCCUACGCGGAGCCACAGCUCCAAGUCGACCCCUGUCAUCUCCAAAACGACGCCUUCAAAUCAGAACCAAGCCAAACCUCCGAGUCAGACCCCGGCGCCUCCACCUGUGAACCCGGCGGCCUCGUGCCGCUGCACGAUCUGCAAGAGGAACUACAGCUCUCAGCUCAUGUUGAAGAGGCACAUGCGUAUUGUCCACAAAAUAUACAGUGUGAAAAACAACAGGUCUCCUGCCGCCGCACCACCUGCCGCUGCUACUACAGCAGCUACUCCCAACAGCAGCAGUGCUAACGCAGGCCCGAGCAACAACGUCCGAGUGAAGGAAGAAGCAGUCGAGCCCUCAGGCGAAGACGAGGAGGAAGAGGAGGAAGAGGGAAUGGACAGUACUCCCGCCCCGUCUCCAAGUGACAGCACUGGUACGGCCAAAGUUGUUCCUGCUGCACAAAACUCCAUGAAGGUGAAGGAGGAGGAGGCCCCGCGGAGCCCAAAAGUGGCGCCAUCCUUAUCUUCAUCAUCCUCCCGUGGGGGCAGCGGGGGCGUUGCCACCAAAAUGACCAAACUGUCUGUGGGUUUCGACUUCAAGCAGCUCUUCUGCAAACUGUGCAAGCGGCAGUUCAGCUCACGCCAGAACUUAACCAAGCACAUUGAGCUGCACACUGACGGCAACGACAUCUUCAUUAAGUUCUACCGCUGCCCUCUCUGUCGCUACGAAUCGCGGCGCAAGCGCGACGUGCUGCGCCACGUGACCGUGGUCCACAAGCAGUCGUCUUCAUACCUCGCCAAGAUCAUGCCCAAACUGGAGAGCAGGGCGGUGAAGAGGCUCGCCGAGGUCGUCCUCAGCAGCACGAGCCCCAACAAGAGGACGAGUGUCAAAGAGGAAGUGAACGGACGCCACGCCUCUUCGUCCUCCCCUUCCCCUCCUUCCCCUCCCGUCACGCGCAAGCAAGAGGGCUCCACGGCUGCCCCGACCUCCUCCUCAGCCUCCUCCUCCGCCCCACCUCCCGCCCCCGCCACUCGAAAACAGCAGGACAUGUCAUCGCCGGUGGUCAACCCGUCCCCUCCGCUCACCCGUAAGCAGGAGAGACACCAGACCCGCCAGCAGCGCCCCGUCAGCCCGCCGCUGACCCGCCGCAGUGAAAAACACAUGCACCCACGCAACUCCACCUCCGCCCCGUCGCCCAGCAACCAGCCACCACACACCCGACGGCACGACGCGCAGUCGGAGAGCAGCGGCGCGGCGACGACCUCAACGGAGGUCAGGGUGACCAAGAACUUCUCCCUCCAUGCCUGUGACCAAUGUGGACGAGCCUUCGCCAAGAAGCUGUACCUGGAGUCUCACAAGCGAAGCCAUCGUAACGCGGCAACGGCCGCUGCCAGCAAGAGGAAAGGAGUCAGCACUCGCUCCAAAUCCCUGGUGUGGUGAAAAGACACGGCGCCGCCGGGGACGACGGACGAGCAGCCCACGAACGAAGAAGAAGAAGGAGAUUCAAAACUUUCAAUUUGGAAAAUGAAUGGCUUCGUGGAACUAACCGAGAGCAGAAAUGGAGAAGCAAACAGAAACAUGAGGAACAGUGGAGAACGACUGGAAGUGAAGUACAAAAGUUUUUUUUUUUCCUCUCUCUCCUUUUGCUCAAGAACCAAAUAUAUUGUUGGAAUCUGAUGUGACUUUUGUAUAUUUUCACGAUGAAGCCAGACAGCUUGCUGGACGGCGGCGCUGCUAUCCACCAAGAGACUGCUCACUCCUGCUGUACAUGUCUGUCUUCGCCCGCUACAUUAUGUAGAUAUGGAUCCAUACGCAGAUUACUGACUUGUACUGCUGCGCUCUCUGUAGAGAGGGAAAGAGAGAAGAAGCAAAUCAUAACUGGAAUCACAGGUUUUUUCUUUUGUUUAAAAGAAAACAGAAUCUGAUUUGACUCUCACAGAUAUUCAUGUGUGGGUCCUUCACUUUGAGCAUUUCAAAUCAGCUGACCUUCAUGUCGUCUGUGUAUUCAGGAUAUUGAGGGCGGCCUCGGAUUGAUAUAUUCAAAAACCACUCGCUCGACAGAUCGACGCGAGAUACAUUUCCAUCCCUGACCAUUUUUUCUGCUCCCCUUUGUUCUCCUGACAACAGGAGCUCAGUUGUGUCCUGACGGAGAGAGAACACACACCCUCAGUGUUUCCCGGCUGCGUGCCUUAGUGUUGAACGUCACCUCGAUCUCCUCAUGUACGCGUUUCCCCCACAGAUCUUCCCCCGGAUCUGUAAUGUUCUUCAUGUUAGCAGCUCGUAGUCUUUAUUUCGUGACCUGUUUGUGAUUUCCAGUGACCAUAUGCAGUCUUCUGUUAGAUCAUCAAAUGUUCAUAAACUACAGGGUAUGGUCAAAAUACGGGAGGAGCCAAAAAGUAUAUUUGCAGUUUUCCCCAAGAAUUAUGUGUGCACUUUUUCUCCUCUCAUUUUCCUGUGGUCACUGGCGUUUCUUCUUACACUUCAGGCGUUUCCUUUACCUUGACCAAACCCUGUCUGACCGUGACCUUGUCAGGCCCAGACUUUGCCUGGUCACAGCAGGAGCAUCAGGUUACAAGGCUCCAAUAAGGACUUUACAUGAAAUUUCAUCAGCUCUGUUCUUCUUCUGAUCUUUUGAGAGGCAAAACGCGCCCUACGUGAUACAUGACUUGUGCAGAGGAUCUGCACAUAAUAUGAGGAGUAAUUUUUUUUUUUAACAUGAGAAACCAUUAACUGGAAGACUGAAAGGAAAAGAGAAUCAUAACCGCACUGUGUUUCUGUUCCAUGCGUCCCACACAUCACUCAAACAUUUUGACCAAUCAGAGCUAAAAGACAAAAUGACAACAGCGCAGCGUCGUGGCUCAACUUAAAAAUUUACAUUCAACUCUUUGUUCCAUUAACAAACAAACAAAUGCAGGCGCUCAAAUUUUUCUUUGUCUAAACUUUUUAACCUUCCCCAUAUAAUCUCCAUAUUAUUAUUAUUAUUUAUUCUUUUUAAGACUAAAUGCUGCAUUGGCUCCGUACUCGAACGCGAGCGGGGCUGAGGUAGUCUCUGAAACACUGGCACACAACGAGAACUGGCAGGAGAAGAGCGAGGACGACCAAAUGUAUAGAUACGUCUUAAUUUUCGAACAGUAAGCCAUGAAAUGGAACAAAACCGGGACGAUGAAGAAGAAACAAAAGAGGAAAGACCAAACUUUAUUUUUAUAACGCGACAGUCUUGAAAACAUGUAUAUAUGGAUUCAUCCUAUAAAUAAUAGUUCUAAUAGUCACAAUAGUUAUUGACAUGUGCGUAACUGUUGGUCGACCAUAUGCUUCAACCAUAUGUCGGACUAGUUUCUAAUGUCACUGUUUAAUACCGACGCUGAUCUGUUCCGUGAUUAGUCAACGUCGUCUUUUUUUGUUGUUGUUUUUGUUGCGUCUCAUUCCUUUUGAAAGAGGCCAUUUUUGUUGGGAUGAGUCAAGAGGAGAACGGGAAUCAAACCUCAAGAGUCUCUUAAGACUUUUUCCUUUUUUCCUUCUCAAUUUGAUUUUGUCAUUUCUUUCAUCGUCAGUCGUAAUAUGUUAUUAAGCUCACAUCCUAGAGAACCUGAGAAGAGUUUAGAAAAAGCCUUUCAGAUGUGACAGGAAUGUUUAAACCAACCACUUAAUGAAUAAAAAUGUACUGCUUCAAACCUC